CCACAGAAUGAGUCCCUGGAGCGGCAGAUGAGGGAGAUGGAGGACAGCUUCUCCCUGGAGGCCUCCACCUACCAGGACAGCAUUGCCCGUCUGGAGGAGGAGAUUGGCGGCAUGAAGGUGGAGAUGGCGCGCCACCUGCGCGAGUACCAGGACCUGCUCAAUGUCAAGAUGGCGCUGGACAUCGAGAUCGCCACCUACAGGAAGCUGCUGGAAGGGGAGGAGAGCCGGAUCUCCACCCCACUUCCCAGCAUCUCGUCUCUAAACCUGAGAGAAUCCAUGAUGGAGGCCAGGCCGAUUGAGAACAGGACAAAGAAGGUCCUGAUAAAGACCAUCGAGACUAGGGAUGGACAAGUGGUGAACGAAUCGAACCACGAUGACCUGGAAUGAGGAUUCCCCAGAGCCAGCAAAGGAGGAGGAGGAGGAGGAGGAAGACACUCAGCUAAGCCGAAGCAGAGGGGCGUAGCUAUGAAAAGAGAGAAAGAAAUGGCUUUGCAUACUUUCAAAAAAGAAAACACACACUUGCACACACACUGACAUACAUAAACAAGAAGAUAGUGCCUUUUAGCAAAACAGGGAGUGGUAAGUUAGGAAGGGUUAUGUCACAAGGAGAUGGAAGACGCAGCAUGGGCGUGGCUUAGUAACACUCACCAUAAUACUUCUAAUAUACGCUCACCUGGUUAAUGACAGCAGUAUUCUGAGGAGCUGUGAAGUUUGUGCCUUUACUAAGAGUAGCAUUUCCUCUGUGAGCAGUCAAUUGAGCUGCUGUUUCUGCUUCUGUAGAUCAAUAAAAUAAAAAAAAAGAAGCAUGA